UGCACAACGUCAUAUGAUGACGUACAUGUCAUCUGCGAGAACACAGUGUUUACAUCGAAAAUGGUGCUUUCCAAUUUCACAGUGAAAUUAUUUGAAAGAUUACAGUAAAAAAUAUUGUUCGGCAAAUGUAAGAGAUAUUUAUUGUGUUGACGACUUUUCCUUGCACUUUUUUUAAGAAAAUCAACCCAUGGAACUCGCGAAAACAUCCCAUGAAUUGAUAUUCUUGAGACUCGUGUCACGAAAACAAUCAACAAUACGCUCGCCCCAGAAACAGCAUUCGUUAUCAGCCGAGGUGUUCCGAAUAUUCCGAACGACUCGUUCGGUAUUAUUCGAAAUUGUACGGACGAAAACGAGUGUUUGCAGAUGCACCCGGGCGUUUUAGUUCACCGGUAAUCACUAUUUUGUUGUUUACAAUCAUGGCUGGUUCCAAAAGUGGUCCCGAAGAUUGCGUUACAAAUGAUGAAUUCUUCAACAAAAUGCGUGACACAAUAGAACAUGAACUUCGAGAUGAAGGAGAAGGAACUUCUCAUGUUUUUGUUAUUUUUGGAGCUUCGGGAGAUCUUGCAUCUAAAAAAAUAUACCCUACACUUUGGUGCCUGUUUCGAGAUAAUUUAUUACCACAUAAAACUCAUUUCAUCGGUUAUGCACGGAGCAACUUAACUGUCCAAGAUAUUAAGAAAAAAUGCCUGCCUUAUAUGAAGGUGAAACCUGGAGAAGAUAAGAAAGUUGAUGCAUUCUUCAAGUUAAACCAGUAUUUGGCGGGGAGCUAUGACAAGACUAGCGAUUUUUCCAAACUCAACAGACUGAUAGAGGAGAAAGGAUCUGCUAACCGACUGUUUUACUUAGCCCUGCCUCCAUCAGUGUUUGAAAAGGUUGCACUCAACAUCAAGGCAGUAUGCAUGUCAAAUGGUGAUACGUGGACGAGAGUUGUGGUAGAGAAACCGUUUGGUCAUGAUCUCGAAUCUUCUAAUCACCUGUCAACUCAUCUGGCAUCUCUGUUUAAUGAGAACCAGCUCUACAGGAUCGAUCACUACCUGGGCAAGGAGAUGGUCCAAAAUCUCAUGGUUUUAAGAUUUGGAAACCGAAUGUUCAGUAACAUCUGGAACCGAGACAACAUUGCCAGUGUUGUGAUCAGCUUCAAAGAGCCAUUUGGAACCCAGGGAAGAGGAGGAUACUUUGAUGAAUUUGGAAUAAUCCGGGAUGUGAUGCAGAAUCACCUGUUACAGAUCUUGACACUGACGGCCAUGGAGAAACCUCCCACAACAGAAGCUGAAGAUAUCAGAAAUGAAAAGGUGAAGGUUUUGCGCUGUAUUUGUCCUCUCUCGAUGGACCAGGUGGUUCUGGGACAGUACACUGGCAACCCGGAUGGCAAGGGUGCAGAGAAAGAAGGCUACCUUGAUGAUCCUACUGUGCCUAAAGGGUCUAUAACUCCUACAUUUGCCACUGCUGUCCUGUACAUAAAAAGUGAAAGAUGGGAUGGUGUUCCAUUUAUCCUCAAGUGUGGAAAAGCUCUCAAUGAAAGGAAGGCUGAGGUUAGAGUUCAGUUCCGGGACGUUGCCGGGGACAUUUUCCCCGCAGGUGAAGUGAAGCGGAAUGAGCUGGUAAUUCGCGUGCAGCCAAAUGAGGCAGUGUACUUGAAGAUGAUGACGAAGACUCCAGGCUUGACCAUCGAGUGUGAGGAGACGGAGCUCGACCUCUCCUACCGCAACAGAUACGAGGGAAUCACAAUGCCUGAUGCAUACGAGCGACUGCUGCUGGAUGUGUUCCUGGGAUCUCAGAUCCACUUUGUCCGAUCCGACGAGUUGUUCGAGGCGUGGAGGAUUUUCACUCCGCUGCUACACCAGAUAGAGAAGGAGAAACCCAAACCGCUGCCCUACGUGUAUGGCAGUCGAGGUCCCCCAGAAGCUGAUGCAUUAUCUUCCACCCAUGGUUUCAAGUACACAGGAACCUACCGCUGGAACAAAGACAAGAUGACUAACUCAAAAUACUAGAGUGGUGCUCUUCUUACAAGUAACAGACCAAGUUAAUCACAUGGCUUCAUAUCUGCUGGAACAUUCAUUUGGAACAAACAGUUGUGUAUUAAAUUCACUGCUGAGCUAUGAUUAGAUUGAUGACAAAAGAAUUACAUAUUCUAUAGACGACUGUACGAGAUUGUAUUUUACUCAUGUUUAGUGUCUUCUACUCGACUGAUUACUCUGUUGAAUGAACCAUAGCUAGUCAUUGCUCACUACACAUUGCUAUUUAAUUGCUGAGCCAGGAUCAGAUUGAUGACAAAAUAAUUACAUAUUCUAUAGACGACUGUACGAGAUUAUAUACUGUUGUAAUGAAUCUCUGAGCUUAAUUUCAGAACAUAAUAUGCUUGUUGAGUGUACAUUAUUGCAUUUAAAAUGUAGUGAAAUAGAAGUGGAAACCCUAGAAUAUUAUAUUCAGAAAUUCUUUCAUAUAUACCAAGAUCAACAUCGUUACUCAAGAAAGUAAAAUCCAAAAAUAUUUAUAAACACUUUGCUUUUGUCACAAUUUUUACCUCACAUUUUAGCAGCAUCACACUGCCUUCAUCAUUAUAAUAGUACCUGUGAUGAAGGAAGUGGGAUGUCCUGGACAGAGGAGCUGCAGCAUCACACUGCCUUCAUCAUUAUAAUAGUACUGUGAUGAAAGAAGUGGGAUGUCCUGGACAGAGGAGCUGGCCGAGGCCGGUACCUGUGCCCAGGACAGGCGUGCACUACAACAGCUUGCUCUGAAUGUUCAAGGAAAUGGGAUGCUGUCAAAAUUUUGGGUACAAAUUGUGAUGAAAGCAAUACAGUGUUUAACUUCUCCCUUUUGGGAAUUUUGGUAGUAUACAAAUAUAUAUAUAUAUUGAUAUAUGUAGACAUGUCUCCUGUAGAGUAGCUUCUACUUUAGAAAAUGAAAUCCAUUGAUCCUUAUUAUGGUCAGUUAACAUACAGAGUUAAUUAGUAGCCAGCAGAUGGUGCUUUUCUACAUUUACUGCAAUUAUAAUAUACAUCACAGAUUUAGCUGACUGUUUUUCAUAAACACCCUCAAACUCUGAAGAUAAUUAAUACAUUCAUAACAAAAGUACUUGACACAAGAAGUGAUGUAGAAAAAGAAAUUCAGCAACUCUCUUUCAGUCAACAUAGUGGGAAAAAACCAGUUGGAAUGAGACUAUCAACAGUAAGUCAUUAAAGUCUCCUGCUAGCUGAUUAUCUGUCGUCAAAAGUGUGACUCGACCCAUUUACUUUGAAAAUUUAACAGCUAGAUAUUUAGUAUAUUUUUAUAAACAAGUGUUUUAUUGAUGUGUAUGAAAAUAGUUUUGUGUUCAAAAUCUUACAAAUAACAUCAUAGUGUUUGACAUAUACCACAAAAUUGCUUCCUUGCUUUGAUAGUAAUGCAAAAUUAAUAACCAAAACAAGAUUUUUUUCCCCCCACUUGUUUAUUUUGGAUUGCAGAAUAAAAACAACAACAUCAUGAAGUUCACCAUCACAGGAUAAAAGCCGGGUAACUUAUGAUAUUAAUGUGAACUCUUAUGUUACCUAAAGUUCCUCUUUUCAAUGUGGAUCUUAGUUUGUUGUUAAUUACUAAUUAAAUAAUAUUUGCAACAAUCAGGUGCCUGAACAUGUGUAACAAUGAAAUUUCACAAUACAUAUCACUGAGCAUUUUCUGUAAAUGAUGACAUGCCUCAUCUGUACUUUUUGGCAGAGGUCACAUACAAGGCAAAAAAAAUAGCUUUGAUACUUUUAUCUAAUGCUGGUUGUGUUACUUGCUUUCAAAACAGCUUAUAGUAGUGAGCCUUAAACAAAGAGCAAUAUAAUCACAGUGUAUAAUAUUUUAUCCUGCAACCAUUGUGUCUAUUGACAGUCUAAUAUGAUGACAGAUAAAGCAAAGUCAUGACUUGACCUCACUCAUAGCCUACAUUACCAAAUCGCUUAUUUGACCUCUAGGUCAUCGUACAUUGUGGCUGAAAUAAUAGAAAUAAUAGCUUUUCCCCUUAAUUUUUAUAGUCUGCAGGGUAAAGAUAAUAACUAGUUAGUGACAUCAGAUAUGUGCUUUAUCCUGUUCAGGCCGAAUGAAAAGCGUAACCCUGCCUUUAAAACAAAUUUCAAUUUACAUGUGUAAGUUAAAAAAUGUAAAUUCUGGUUACAACAAAGAUAUUUUCUAAAUAAUGGUCUCAAUAACUGAUUGAUACUUUAGUCAGCAUCUAUCUGUAUUACAUACUACAUUUUUAAUGCUAAGCAUUUGGGAGGUAAAUAUUCAAAUUAUAAUUUGUUACUGUGGUUUUCUAAAAUUGCAAAUGAUAUUCAAUAAAUAAAAGAUGAUUUUUAACAAUAAAUGAUUGUUUUGUGAAAUGGUUGAUGAAAAGUACAGGAAAUAGUCCCUUUGAAAUAAUACAUCAGUUAUCAGUGAAAUCCAUAACAAGUUGCUGGCGUGUUUUUUAUAUUUCACUCGUUGUUUAAGUGGAAAUGUGACACAGGAAAUAGUCCAGUCACUUUGUACAAACAUCCACUUACUCAACUUCACUGUCUUCUUCAUUGUGUGUACAUUUUUCAAUAAUCUCACCAUUUAAUGUGUUGUAGAUGUUCUUUAAAUUCAACAUUUUACUUAAACUAAUUGAGUUCAAAGCAGCAAAUUGACAUAAUUAUGUGGUUAACCAAAUCUGUGUCUACUAUAGACGGAAAUGUUAUAGUAAGAUUUUAUUGAUUAAUAUGUUAUGUCUUUUGUCACAGUGUUGAUUUUUCCUCAUUUUACAUUAUCUUUGUCUUAUAUUGGUGCUCUGUUAAUUUAUUAAAUAGUCUAUUUUUCAUUUUAUUUAUAUUUUCUAUUUAAUAAAAUUAUGCAUGGUACAUGAAUUGAUGAUAAGAUCAAUUAUGUUUGGACAGAAGUUACUGUCUUAAUGUUUCAGCAUUUGGAUGUUAUUUGUUUUGUAAUGUCAUCACUUGCCAUGUAUGUACAGGCCUCUGAAAAUAUAAAAUUUGUGUAAUCUACUUGUGGGUCAUGAGAAAUAAAUGUUGAUAAUCCAUUUCCUUUUUGCAUAACCAAUUAUGUCCAGGUAAAUGAUGUCCUAAAUUUAAUGCAUGAAUAAAAAAUAGGUUAUGCAAAAUUAGAUUUAUGUAAGUAAAGUGCCAAUGAAACUAUUGUUUCCUACAAUUUUCAAAGGCUUGUUUAGUUAAAUUAUUAAAGCUACAAUCUCACCUCCACAUCAUUGAACAUAUUGUAUAACACAAAAAUACUUAAAACUACAGUCUGUUGCCAUUGUUUUUAUAUUAUAUAUUGUGUCACUUUUUGAGCAUUAAAAUUGUGAAUAAUACAUGUUUACCUCACCUAAAUCAGUGGUUGCAGCUGAAGGAUGUCACAAAAUAGCUUGACUUGGAAAGGACAUUAAUGUACAUGAUCUGUUCUAAAUGGUUACUGUAACAAAUUCAUACAAAUAUACUUGAGAUUGCAGCUUUUAAAUGUCAGGGAUCGAGUUUUAAUAUUUGGGUAAUGCAGAAAGUUUUAAUAACAAAAAAUAGGACACUAAGGCAAGUUGGAGAGGCACCAGUGCAACGUUUCCUUCAAAAGAGAGGCAUGAAGGCAACUUACUUUCUAUCAAGUUUUACAGACAAAAAUUAUUUGUCAGAUGCCUUAGGUUCUAGCCUAUGUAAUUUAAUGGAUACAGAGCCUUUGUAUCAUAUUAGCAAUGAUAAUUUUAGUAUUUACAUAUCGGAGGCGGAUCUAGGGGGCCCCCUAAAUUUUGCGACAGUUAUAAUUUUAUUAUUAUUAAUUUUCAUUUUAUUAAGAUCCCCUCCAACCCUCCCCCAAAGUUUCAUUGGCACUGCCUCAUGUCAUUGAGAGAGAGAGCCCCCCCCCCCCCCCCCAAAUGGAUUUUCUGGAUCUGCCACAGCAUAUACAACAUGUAAGGAGUGGGACGGUGGCAAACCAGGUUAGGCACCACAGCUUUCUCUUGGCAUAAACAAUGACUGAUCCUCAGGGCACAAUAGCAAAUAAGGAGGGCAACCACAGCACUGGCCGUUGUUGCCAUGGUAAAACAUUGUAUUUAAACCCUGAAAUAUUUAUGCAUUAAAAGUAUGCAUUAAAUAAUUACCCCCCUUACAUUCUCGUACAGAGUUAAGUAGAUAACUCUAAAUUGAUGUCUUAACUGUUGAUUAGUACCCGGUAUCUAAACAAAGAAUUACUUGAUAACAUAAUUGAGAUCAUAAUAAAUUUACAUUACUAAAUGUUUAUAAAACUUGUUGAUCAAGGAGAAUUAUAAAAAAUAGUAUGAUCAUGUAAAUUUUACAGUGUAUUUUGAUAUCCAGGUAAAUGGGAGGAAGCAUUUUCUCUAUUUUGGUAUAUCCACAGAAUUUUAUAUGAUAGAAUGUACUGUUAUUUUAAUAGGACUGCUUGAAAGACUAACCUCAUUUCUUCUAUUUAACUUCCUGUGCAUUUGUCUUAAAGCUGUACAGGUAUUUGUUUGUGUAUAAAUAUUGGCAUGGUUUAUUUGCAUGAACAAGUCAUGCUUCUCUUUUAAUAUGAACAUUAUUUGUUUGUAAGUCUAUUGACAAGUACAACUUUGCUGUGGAUAUUGAAAUGUAUUUGUACCAACAAAAUAUGGAACUAUUUUUUUGGAGAAGAAUAAUUUUUAUAUUAAUUAUAUAUGUAUGUGUUUAAUGUCCAUUUCAUUGCUACUUAUUUUUCACUGAAUAUAUUUGGUAUAUAA